AUGAGAAACCCACCAUUGCGAAGCAAGAUAGCGGUGAAUUCCCAGAAACCCACAUCUAGCGGUGAUUCCCAGAAAACAUCCACUAAGCAUCCAGCUGCUAAGCAAGAUGUGUUGGAUCAAAUUAAGAAGGAAGUGGGAAGGGGCACGCAGAAUGCAACCCCAAUACCUUCACCCAAGGACACGUAUAACAAAGAUGAGAAACCCACUAUUUCUAACGGUGAUUCCCAGAAUACAUCUGCUAAGCAACCAGCUGCGAAGCAAGAUAUGUUGGAUCAAAUUAAGAAGGAAGUGGGAAGGGGGACGCAGAAUGCAACCCCAAUACCUUCACCCAAGGACACAAUACAUCUACUAAGCAACCAGCUGCGAAGCAAGAUAUGUUGGAUCAAAUUAAGAAGGAAGUGGGAAGGGGACGCAGAAUGCAACCCCAAUACCUUCACCAAGGACACGUAUAACAAAGAUGAGAAACCCACCAUUACUAGCGGUGAUUCCCAGAAUACAUCUGCUAAGCAACCAGCUGCGAAGCAAGAUAUGUUGGAUCAAAUUAAGAAGGAAGUGGGAAGGGGGACGCAGAAUGCAACCCCAAUACCUUCACCCAAGGACACGUGUAACCAAGAUGAGAAACCCACCAUUACUAGCGGUGAUUCCCAGAAUACAUCCACUAAGCAACCAGCUGCUAAGCAAGAUGUGUUGGAUCAAAUUAAGAAGGAAGCAGAAAGUGGGACCCAGAAUGCAUCCCCAACAACUUUUAAACAAACAACAGAAAUAUCUGCUAGCCUACCAAUUCAAAUUAAAAUAUGCAAUAUUCAUGAAACAAAUGCUUCCAGAGAUGUGACCAAGGCCUCACGUCCUUAUAUCUGUGGCAGAUGUUUGAACGACCAGAAACGUGGGGAACUUUUGGAUCUUCGGAUUGCAACUGCAAAAGCUGACCAAAUUGCAAACAAAAAGCUAAACAAACUUAAGAUUCGUGCUUUAGAGCUUGAGAUCGAAAACAAAGAGCUUGAUCUACAGAUGAAGAAAACAUCUUUAUCAACACCUGCUAAUCAAAAUGUGGAUCAAAUUAAGAAGAAAGUGGGAAGUGGGACGCAAAAUGCAACCCCAAUACCAUCGCCUAAGGACACGUUUAACCAAGAUGAGAAACCCACCAUUACUAGCGAUGAUUCCCAGAAUACAUCUACUAAUCAAGCAGCUGCUAAGCAAGAUAUGUUGGAUCAAAGUAAUAAGGAAGUGGGAAGUGGGACGCAGAAUGCAACUCCAAUACCUUCACCCAAGGACACGUUUAACCAAGAUGAGAAACCCACCAUUACUAGCGAUGAUUCCCAGAAUACAUCUACUAAGCAACCAGCUGCUAAGGAAUAUGUGGCGGAUCAAAUUAAGAAAGAAGUGAAAAGUGGAACUCAGAAUAGACCUCAACCCCUGUUUAAAAACAGAUAUAACCAGGAUGUCACGCCCACCAUUUCUAGCGUCGAUUAUAACGCAGAUUCCCCAAAAAUAUCGGCUCCGGAAACACACGCUUUUGAAGAUGUGACCAAGGCCUCACGUCCUUAUAUCUGUGGAAGAUGUUUGAACGACCAGAAACGUGGGGAACUUUUGGAUCUUCGGAUUGCAACAGCAAAUGCUGACCAAAUUGCAAACGAAAAGCUAAACAAACUUAAGAUUCGUGCUUUAGAGCUAGAGAUCGAAAACAAAGAGCUUGAUCUACAGAUGAAGAAAAAACCUUUAUCAACUUAA